AUGGCCGCGAUAUCCUCGGCUAUGAACGUUCAGAUUACCUUUCUCCCCGGUACCUACUCUCUCAUUCACUUCCCCCCCGAAUUGUACGCCAAUUUUCUCCAACCCGUCCUCGGUGUCCUCCUCCCUCAGACGCAGACGGUCAACUCAAGCCGGCGAUGGCCUGACCACGACCUCGAGGGCCUCACGAGCGACCAUCAACACACCUUCCUCAACGUCUCGGUCACGCCUCUCGAGUGCUCGGUCGUCUGCCACACCUCCUUUGCCCGUUCCGUCUUCGAGCCCGCCAUCGCCGCCAUCCCCCGAGAUGCUCGGAAAUCUGCUUUUAUCUCCCAGGAGCCCUACCUUGUCCUCUCUGUCAUUAGCGGUGACGUCGACAUUGUGAGCCGCAUCCUUGAGUUGACGUGCCCCCUGGCCCUGGCCGGCAUCCCCAUCUUCUUCAUCUCCACCUAUUACUCCGACUUUAUCCUGGUGCCGGCCAAGGACCGUGAGUCGGUGGUCAAGGCACUUACCGAGCGCGGUUUCGUUCUCCACCGGUACGAGAAGGACAGCUUCGUGGCCAACCGCCACGGCUACACCACUCCGACCAUUGCGGCGGUUGCCGCGCCUUCCCCGGCCACCAUCGCCGAGCUGUUCGGCCGCACGUUCGCCCAGCUUAAGAAGCGGUGCGUCGAGCCCAUCGUCGAAGAUGGCCUGCGUCUGGUCCAGCUGAGCGCGCGUGACGCCCAUUUGCGGGGCACGGGCAUCGGCGAAUGUUACAUCGACGGCCCUUCGCGGCGCUUCUCGCAGUCCGGUUACGGCAUGAGUGGUGGUGCCAACGGCCGUAACCCGCCCCAGCCUUUGUGGAUUGACGCGAUCGACGCGCGGCUCUACGCGACCCUCGUGUCUGCCCUCGUCGCCCGGCCGCGCUUCUUCUCGCUCACGCUGGCCAUCGAAGACCCGCCGUCCCUGCUGCUGGACCGCAAUCUGCUCCCGCUGUUUGGCGAUAUUCUCAUUGGCGACCGGAGCAACGAGCUCGUGCCCAUCUCUCUCGACCUAGCCAAGCUGCCCUUCGAAGCGACCGGCAUAGUGUGCGGCGUCGCUGGUAAGAUCGUCCAGGAGAUGACCAUGUCACGGCCGGGUAUGUCGUAUCUGUCGACGGCUUGUGCCGGCACCGUCAUCCUCUCGCCCGAGCAGGCGGCUCAGGCACUCGAGGUUCUGCGACCCCUGAUGGCCGAGGAGGAGUAG